AGACCGCGUCAAAGCUCAGACAGCGGCAACUCCUCGGGACGUCGAGACGCUGCGGAGGACAUUAUAACCUACUCUUCUCGCGAGCCGUUUCCAAAUAAGUCGGGAAUUCUACGCUUGUCGUCGCUUCCUCGGAACAUUGUUUUUUUUUUUUUUUUGUCGGCAGCACCUUGCGUGUCGAGAGCCACUCCGACCCGCUUUCAUGUCGGUUUUCUCGCCACCGGUGUACCGCUUUACGGUCGUGACACGAAUUUAACGGGCGCGGUGCGGCCGAGUUGGCGCACUGCUGGACUGGGUAUACCCGAGACGGUCCGCACCACUAUUUAGACGGCGCCCGAACCCCCAAAAGUCUCUCUCGUUGUACUCGAAACCUCGACUGGCUGCCUUGGAUCACCACCACCGUUUUUUGGUUUUUUUUUUUUUUUAAACCUUUUUUUUUUUCUAAUAUGUUGCUGUCAAAGUUUGGUUCAUUUUCGCACAUUUGCAACCCUUCGAGUAUGGACCACCUCCCAGUGAAAAUCCAGCUUCAGCCGGUCAAAGUGGAGAAGGAGCCGUUCGAGAAGGUGUACCAGGUGGGCUCCGUGCUGGGGAGCGGUGGCUUCGGCACCGUGUACGCCGGCAGCAGACACUCUGACGGGGCACCGGUGGCAGUGAAACACGUCGCCAAAGAAAGGGUGACCGAGUGGGGCUCAAUUAAUGGAAGCAUGGUCCCGCUCGAGAUCCUCCUGCUCAAGAAGGUCAGCUCGUCUUUCCGCGGAGUUAUCAAAUUGCUGGACUAUUACGAGCGCGCCGACGGUUGGCUCCUGGUUAUGGAAAGGCCGGAGCUCGUCAAGGACCUGUUCGACUUCAUAACCGAGAAGGGGGCUCUGGACGAGGACGCGGCGAGGGGCUUCUUCCGCCAAGUCCUGGAGGCGGUGCGGCACUGCUACAGCUGCGGGGUCGUGCACCGGGACAUCAAGGACGAGAACCUGCUCGUGGAUCUCCGCACCGGGGAGCUCAAGCUUAUCGACUUCGGCUCCGGGGCGAUCCUCAAGGACACCGUAUACACCGACUUCGACGGUACCCGCGUGUACAGCCCACCCGAGUGGAUCCGCUUCCACAGGUAUCACGGCCGCUCUGCCACGGUGUGGUCGCUCGGCGUGCUGCUCUACGACAUGGUGUGCGGAGACAUCCCCUUCGAGCAGGACGAGGAGAUCCUGCGGGGGAGACUGUACUUCAGGAGGAGGGUUUCGGCCGAGUGCCAGCAGAUGAUCAAAUGGUGCCUGGCCCUGCGGCCCUCCGACCGGCCCACGCUGGAGCAGAUCUGCGACCACCCCUGGAUGAGGGCGACGGCCGAGGCGCCCGAGUCCAAUCCCGAGGAGCCGGCCGCCGGCGACAUCCGCCUGCGGACCAUCGCCACCGAUUCGUCGUCGAGCACAACCUCGAGCAAGGAGAGCCUCUGAGGAUGACUCUGAGGGACUCUAAAAGACUCGGUGGGGAAGCGAGGGGGCGGUGCCAGGUUACGAGGAGUUGAUGGACUCAAGUACGGCAGCCUGCAGCCUUGCUGGCUGAUCAAUGGCCAUAAACGUACUUUUCAGCAACUGUUUGUUGCUCAUCUUAAUUCACCCCCACAUCUCCUUUGUUUUCAUUCAUUUAAUCCAAGUUGUUUCCUAAACGGGAACAUUUUGCUGUUUGGGUGGUCUUACCAGCAUUAUUUAUUCCUCCUUUGCCCUUUCCCUUUUGAACUCGUUUUUUGUUAGUAGGCUGGUAUAUGCAUCCGGCAAGGCCUUCCUAUUCAGAUAUGGCUGCUCUCAUAGAGCUUUGGAGAAAUCUUUUUUUUUUUAUUCAAUGUUUAAAAAUGUUUUCAUUUUGGAGUGCCUUUUGUUGGAACGCUGCUUUUUCUGGGGGCUUUUCAUCUCAACUUUUUAUUUUUCUUCUUUUUUCGGACUCAACCUCAGUGAUGGAGACCACUGUCACCGACAAGCCAAGUAGCCCCCAGCUGAGAGGCUGCGAGAGCAUUAGAGGAGAGAAAUGGAAUACUUGAAACACACACACGCGACUGUGUAUCACUCUUCGAAGCUGCUCACUCACUCUAUAGCCUGAACAGGUGUUUUGGAAACUGGAUCCUGUCUUUUCUGAAUGUCAACACACACACACACACACCUCUACCCCGCUCUGCCUUUGCGCUCACUCAUUCUCCCGGUCUGUUCAGCCAUGCCUGUUGCGAGGUGUCGCCUCUUUCACUUUUUUGCCUCCCGCCAUCUCACUGCUUGACACUUCACGGCCCCCGCCCCUGGCCUCCCUCAGGGGCUCCGUUGGGUGUGAAAUGCACAAUCAAUGCAAUAUUCAUCAACUAUGUUGGUUGUUUUUUUUUCUUUUUUGGCAAAUACUGUACAGUGUGUUCCCCCUCUUUUAGUGUGUAAAAUUAUUAUUUUUUCCUCCCCAUUUGCAUUUAAUUUAUUUGUAAACGUGUAGACAUUCCACAUUCUGUGGUUAUUUAUUUAUUUAUUGUCUAUGCUUAAACUCCUCCCCCUCUAAAAUGAUUUUUGCAUAUCCUACUUGGCCUUUAGUUUGCAUUCCUAACUUAUUUUUUUACAUAUCGACAAUGUUUUUUUUUUUGUUUUUUUUUUUAUAGAUGUGGAGGAUGCACUGACAGUUGUCGAUGUAAAGCAGAAUAAAACAAGUUUACUUAAA